UCAAGAAAUCACAUCCGCACAAGCCAUUUCAAACUCCAGAGCACAGUGAAGACCUAGUCCACACAAAGAUGCAGAAGUGCUUUGGCUUGUUCUGUGUGUCGCUCAUCUUCUGUGCUACCCUCUCAGAGACCAUCGGCCUGGUGAUAGCGGCGAAAGAAAAGCGUGGCUGGACUCUGAACAGUGCUGGUUACCUGUUGGGGCCCCGUCGUAUUGAUCACCUAAUUCAGAUAAAGGAUUCUCCCAGUGCCAGAGGCAGAGAAGAGCUGGUCACUCAAUAUGGCAUAGAUGGGCACAGGACUUUAGGAGAGAAACCUGGUCUUGCUGGAAAGAGAGACUUGGGCCAGGAGGAAGACUUCAGAACAGGUUCGAUGAGGAUACCAGAUGAAGACAUCCUCCAUGCCAUCGUUGAAUUCCUUUCCUACCUUAAACUCAAAGAGAUGGGAGCCUUGGACAGCCUGCCUUCCUCAGUGACAUCAGAAGAAAUAGCCAAUCCAUAGUGAGAAGAUGUCUACUCCUGUUACCCAAGCGUUACUUUGUGUGCACCUAUCAUGAUGACCUGUGUUAAUAAACCUUAAUAGCCUAUGUUUGAAAAUGUUUUAUUGAUUAUGAGAGACUAUGACUGUUGUAAGUAUAUUAUCACAUGAAUAGAAAAAAUAAACAAAUUGCGCUUGGACUUAAAAUCAUGUUAUU